AUGGCUAAUGGUAAUGGAGCUGUUAGGGAGAAUCUUUACAAUAGUAACAAACCACCUUUACCAUGGAAGCAAAGGUUGGAAAUUUGCAUUGAGAACAAUGUUUACUCUUCUGCUGUGGUACUUAUUGAGGUAUUGUGUGCAAGGUCAGCAAUUGAUCCUAGCUUGCUUAAGGCACAAUUGCAGGAUGAAGGAAAACCUGCAGCAGGAGGUAAAGUAUAUGAUGCUUAUGUCUCACAUAAUGCUGCCACAUUGGACAUUAAGGAAGAGAUUUUAGGUAUCGAGCUUGAUGACUCAAGUUCUAGUCACUCUUUUUCUCAAAUUGUUAACUCAAAAAGAAUAUAG